AAAUCCCGCGAAACCAUGGCUUAAGUUUUCCUCGACGAAUACGAAGUAUUGAUCAGUGGAAUCAUGGAGGAAGAUGGUCCUGACGGAGUGAUUGAAAUUGAAGACCAGGAUGAAGAAGAAAAUGAAGAUGAAGAGGAAGAAAGUGACGAUGAUGGUGGUUACGAAGAUGAGGAGUUGAUUCCGUCGGUUGUGACGUCACCUAGGGUUUCAAACGUGGUUUCACGGGCUGGCAAUUCGCAGGAAGCGGUGGUGUUACAUGACGAUUUGGUGGAGGAAUCGAAUUGUAAGAGGUCGUGUAAAGGGAAUUUAGGGAGCCAAGAGAGUGGAAGGGAUGAUGGAGAUGAGGACAAGUUUAAUGGAGGUGAGAUUGAUGGUUUAUUCUGUCCUAUUUGCAUUGAAGCUUGGACUAGCGGUGGAGAACAUCAAAUUUGUUGUCUUCCUUGUGGGCACAUAUAUGGAUUGUCAUGUAUAAAGAAGUGGCUUCGACAACGUAGGGGUUCUGGGAAGUGUCCUCAAUGCAACAAAAAAUGUACAUUAAAGGAUAUUAGAGUACUUUAUGCAGCAAGGCUUUGUGUUGUUGAUGCAGAAUUACAAAAGCAAGUGCGUUCACUCGAAACCAAAUGUGCUUCUCUUCAGCAGAAGAAUGUUGACUGCUGCAAGAAAGAAGUUGAAGCUGCAGAAAGAGAAGCUAAUCUAAAUCAGCAAGUUAAACAGUUACAAGAGGAAGCGAAACACUUGAAGAGGUUGCUAGAAAAUAAACAAAGAGAGUCACAGGCUUCAUUCACCAUUAAUCAGGGCUAUAAAAGAAGAGUAAUAAAUGGACACAAUGUAGACAAUGGUUGUGGAAGUCAAGCUCCUCCAGGUUUAUUUAAGCUGCAGAGAGAGUUUCAGGUAGAAGGGGGUAGAUAUUUUGAUAUGGAUGAAACUGGUCAAGUUAUGAUAGUAGCUAGAAGGCUAAAUGGAAUGGGAGGAAGAAAUUUACUGACAAAAAUAAGUUUGUUAGCUCCAAGUGAAAGAGAAGAUAUUGAGCUUCCUGCAAAUACAAAAGCUGUUAGAGCCCUUUGUGUUAGACCUUGUAGUAGGCUUGUGCUUCUUGCUUCUUUGGGGAAAAAAUUAACAGUUGUCAGUACAGAAAGCAACAACACUGUUCUUACCUAUGAAUUGCCGGCUCCUGCUUGGUCAUGUUCAUGGGAUGUUUCCAGUCCACAUCAUGUUUAUACAGGACUACAGAAUGGCAUGGUUUUGGCUUUUGAUAUGCGUCAAACUAGGACGGCUUUGGAAUCCCGGAUGGGGCUGUCUUGCAGUCCCGUUCACACCAUGACCGCUCUUCCACCCGAUUCUUCAAUUCCGUCUGCUAUAAAAACCCUACUCACCGCCUCCCAAAUUGGCCUCUGUGAGUGGAGUAUCGAUGCCAAUGAAGAAAGGCCAUAUUUAAUUCCGGAAUCCGAAAACCAAGGAGUUUGUAUAUCUCUCGCACACUCCAACAGAGACAACAUCGUUGCUUCAUUCCGUCCAAAGGUUCAAACGUCUGCUGACACAGCAGUCUCUCAACCGCUUCCUACUUCUCCGGAACCUUCCGGAGUUCCCGGCUGUCACAUAUUCUACAAAAAAACCGGGACCCGGUGCUAUAAAAGAACCGGAUCCAUGCUGGCGGCUCAAAUGGAGAACGUACGCCUCCCAAAAUCGACUAUCAUUAACAAACAAAACUACGGUUCCAUGUUUGUUUUUGCAAAUGAAACAACAUCGGACUUGGUCUUGCAUGAUAUGUCCAAGAUGUUGGUGGUUCAACGGCUUAAAGUUCCAAAGAAUCAGAUAUCUGAUGCGAUAUCAGAUGUGAGGUGCAGUAAGAUAUGUGACACGUCUGUGCUCGGUUGCAUAAGUGGAGAUGUGGUGCAGCUUUUUACUUGACCUUCACUUUAAAUAGUUUCUUUUGUUUUUUUUGUUUUUUUUAUAGAAUUUUUUUAUAAUAAUUUGGUUAGUUUAUGUUAGGUGUUUCUUUUUUUAGUUGAUGUAAUUAAGGGAUAAAUGAAGGAAAUACCGAUGUAAUUUCAUUUGUCUGUGUGUUAUAGCGACCUACCUUUUAUUUCUUUCUAUUAU